AUGGGUCAGUUGGUCAGAGAAUUUUGCGCCAGAGAGUGCUACUCACUCAUAUUCCUCAUCUCACUUUCGCCUUCGCACGACGUUUGGUGUUCCAUGACAACACCGUUCUUUCUGCUACUUGUACUGGUUGUGCGAAAUCAAGCAGAAAUAACAUCGUCCUCUGAUCUGAACUGCAAUUUCUCGUCCAGCUGUCAGUGGAGAAACGCAACCAACGGCGAAGAUAGCGGAGAUUGGGUGAUUAGCACUCACUAUGAAGCAGAUCCUCAACAUGUGAUAAUUCCAAGGAAGGAUAGUGAGGGGUAUUUCGCCCAUACCAGCGGCUUCAUGGGGCGAACCGUAGCACUUCUGGUAUCAGACGUUGCGUCCUGUCAACUGGGUGGAGGCAAUGUGAAAUACUGGUACUACAAAACGGGUACUGAGUCGCAACUUGAGGUGUGCACCAGGCAACCACCAGGAAGCAGAGAGCCCAAUUCGUUGAGAUGCUAUGACGGUUUGUCGCCAAGUUUCGCACAACAGUGGAUCUUCCGCGUAGUAGAACUUCCUCCAUUAUCACAGCCGUUUGAGCUGAUAUUUCGCGGAACCUUCUUCCCACCACUGGAUGUGAUUGCUCUUACCGAUAUUGUCUACAAUUCAGCCUUAUGUGAUGCCCAAAAUCAACGGAACCGCAAAAAAAGGUUGACGCCUCACUUGAUCGGUAUUCACGACUGGGAGGACUACCGUCAAUCCGGAAAGUAUAGAGGAGAGACAAUGAUAAUCGUAUCGCAGGAAGCAAAUAUCACUGAAGUACCAGAAACCAUUGAUUUGGGAAGGGAGAAGCACUCGCCAGAACCUGGCAUACACAAUGAAACGACAUCGUCCUCCACCACCAAUACUCCCGCCACCACAACAACAACAACGACUACCACUUUCAUCGCGGAAGAGCUUUUUUCUACGAUCGCAGCGACAACUACUGAUCCAUUAACUAAUUUCAUGAAUCUAUUGAGACAAACAGCACCUGUUUUGCCGUAUAUUCCUACAUUAGUCAAAACACUCCAGUUAGUAGAUUUUCGUGAUCCUAGCGGAACAGGAGCAGAGCAUUUGUUUAACCAAGUGAAUUUUCCAGAAGGUGAAACAUCAGAGCUAAGACGUUCGCCUGUGCAGGCAUCGCACUUCUACAGCACCGAGUCAAUUCGUCCAGAGGUUCCUAGAGCGAGUGAGCCAACGCUGGUGGAAAUCGCCAAAAAAUUCGGGAUUCUCGGUGAAGAGGACAUUGCUACUACACUUCGACCAAUCUUCCUAACACCAGUGGAGAAACCACCUCUCGUUUCGAUGCGUAACAUUUAUGGAAUGCCCGCAACCACUGCAAAGCCAGAAUUAAUCCCCACGGUGUAUCCACCAUCUUUGGUAAAGAAUUCACCUGCGAGUCUGAAGGUCACGGAGAUAAAACCAACAGUAGGCGGCAUAGAAAAUGAAGAACUCCGAAAACUCCACAGCAAAAUGUUCAAACGCAAGGAAGAACAGAACCUGACCACAACAAAUGUACCGAACAAACUAGUGGUCUUCAAGAAGCCCACUCAAACGGAAUCGGAAUUGGCUACCAAACUGACGGAGCUAUCCAAAUACCUGCCAACGGGUGCCACAGAUGACCUAAAGAUGUUGCGAGAAAUCCCGGAUUUAGAGGGUUUGACCCGAGGCAUGGAUCUCACACUGGUGUCGAAACCGGGCGGUUUUGCUAAACUGAAAAAACAGUUUGUGGAUCGAUUAAUGCGUAGAACAAUGGGUCUGCCGUUCAACGAUAUCGGGCGUUCAACGAUGGGCUCCGGACUUCCGCCUCCCAUCAUUCCUGUGAAGAAGAGCAAUUUAGAAAACACGAACAGCGGAGCUGAUCAAGGAGCUGGUGGAACGUUCGGUACAGACGGUAGCAAUCCGAAACUGGUCGCAUUCAGUGAAGGAAAUGAUGUGGAGUUCACCACGUUCAACCAAAAUGCCGGCGGAUUCAACGAUCUGAGCACACAUCGGGAUUCAUAUCGCCGUGCACUCAACUUCGCCGCUCCAACCGCCGAUCGAAGCAGCUCAUCCGACCAAAGCUCGCCGAGAGUUGGAGCAGCAUUCAUUCCUGCGUGUUCGCUAGUGGACUGCACUUUUGAUGAUAGCACCCUCUGCAACUACGUAACAAGCACGACCGAAGAAAACCUUACCAACGGAACACUCAAAAAUUGGGCUAUCUCAGGAAAACCUGUUCUCAAUUCACUCACUGGGAUUCCUCACGAUUUGUCGAAAACCGGAUCUUACAUCUAUGCUGGAGGAACGAGUGUCUCGCUCCACGACACGUAUAUCCUUUCAACAAAACUUCCAUUUGAGAUAAAGGAGAACUCUCGCCUCGAUUUUUUCGUCUAUCAGGCCGGCAAGACACAAAAAAUUCUAAAUACGGCAUUUAACGACUUCUUGGCAGGAAUAAAAGGACGACUACAAGUAUGCAUAAACACGAUAAACAAUUGCGCUUUGAAUAUUAAAGGCGAAACAAUUGACGUCAAAGCCAGAAGAUGGAAGAAUUAUCAUGUUCCACUGACAGCUAGCACUCAUGUGAUACACUUCGUAGCGGAUGGUCUUCAGGAUAAUUAUGCCAUCGGUUUGGAUCAAAUACAACUGCUAAACAAGUACGGAAUGGCAGCGCAGACAUGUAAAUAA